UUCAUGUGACGUCCUGUCUUGAAAGAGCAGGAGGUUUUGUGCCUGGAACAAACUGCAGCUAAAAUUAAACACAACUCUUUUAGCUACUAACUGAAGCAAAAAGAGGCAUUGUGAAACAGAACACUCUAAAAACACAAAAGAUAGAGUGAGACAAAAAAGUAACAGAGAAAACCAUCUGAAGAUCCUAUUUUUUAUUUUCAGCACAGGGUGGAUCUUCAGGGAUUUGUAGAGGGGAUGAGCUUUGCGGUGGGCUACAAGCAACUGCUGGGGGACUCCAAGACCAUGGAUAAUUUGGAGAAACAGCUAAUUUGUCCAAUUUGCCUAGAGAUGUUCACAAAGCCUGUGGUCAUUUUGCCAUGUCAACACAACCUGUGCAGGAAGUGUGCCAAUGACAUAUUUCAGGCUUCCAAUCCACUGUGGCAAUCUAGAAGCUCCACCUCAGUGUCAUCAGGUGGUCGGUUUCGCUGCCCUUCUUGCCGUCAUGAAGUGAUUCUGGAUCGGCAUGGAGUCUAUGGGCUGCAAAGGAACCUUCUAGUAGAAAACAUUAUUGAUAUUUAUAAACAAGAAUCAUCAAGGCCACUCCACAACAAGGCAGCAGAACAGCAUCUGAUGUGUGAGGAACAUGAAGAUGAGAAGAUAAACAUCUACUGUCUGACAUGUGAGACCCCAACUUGCUCUAUGUGCAAAGUAUUUGGUGCACACAAGGAUUGUGAAGUCGCACCCCUGCAGAAUGUCUACAAACGGCAAAAGAGCGAACUCAGUAAUGGCAUUGCAAUGCUUGUAGCUGGGAAUGAUCGGAUCCAAACUAUCAUCUCACAAAUGGAAGAGAUCUGCAAAAAGAUUGAGGAAAAUGGCAAAAUACAGAAAUCAAAACUCAGUGAGAAGUUUGACACCCUCUACCAAAUUCUAGAGGAAAGGAAGAAACACCUGCUGCAGGUCAUUACUCAUGAAAAGGAAGAAAAGGUGGAACGUGUUCGCUCUAUCAUACGACAACAUGGAGAUCACCUGGAAAGCUCAUCCAAGUUAGUAGAGACAGCCAUUCAGCUGAUGGAUGAACCCCAGAUGGCGAUCUUUCUGCAGAAUGCAAAGGAAAUGAAUAAAAACAGCUUGCCGGAAAACAAACCAAUGGAAUUAGUAGCCUACACCCCAGUAAACCAACAUUCCAGGGUUGUUGAUUUAUCCAAACAUACAUCACUGGAGCGGACUGAAUCAGGUUAUGAACGAAUGGACCAUUUUUUUAUCAACAUUGACAGUGUUGCAGAUAUGCUGCGGACUGUGGACUUCCAGCCAGUUUCUGAAGUAGAGGAAGAUGAGGAAGAUUAUGAAGAUCACCAAGAAGACACAAGGCAUGAGGCGGAAUCUCCACAAGGAACAGAAGGUCAGAUUUAAUGGAGAACUGAAGAAAUCAGAGACUGCAUUACUGAGAAGCAACUUCCUCUGAAAGUAGAUGUUUUUCAGAUCACGUAGAAUCCUAAUUGAUGACUGCUGUUGUGAAGAAAUCACGUGUAUUCAAAUAAAAUUAUGUGUAUGUACCAUUGUAUUACAAAUGACACAGAACUGUGUCAUUUUCAGACAAAAUAUAUUUUGUAUGUUCUAGCAAUUAACUUUUUAUAUAAUGCUAAUUUUGAUACUGUGCUAAUCUGCAAAACCAGAAGACAGAAAUCUCCCUUUUAUUUAUUUAAUGAAAUGAUGUGUGAGGUUUUCGAGAGAAGAAAAUGAGUACUUAUAUUACAAAUUUACAACCAUAACAUAAGAACACAUGCAGCUUAACAGGAGACUGUAGUUAUACCAUAUCAAUCUAGAGCCAUAGUUAGUACCUAUGUAACUGCUUCACCGCUGUUUUUUCUGCCUCAACCACUUACCACAGUUAGUUCUGAAGUACAACAACAGAAAUAUUUUCUGUGUUUCAACACAGUAAGGCAUUCCAAGGCCUCCUCAUAUCUGACCUGAAUGUUGCACCCAUAGUAAUCUAAUUGUAAUCUGUUCUCUAUAGACUUCUUUUUACGUAAGACCACUUAUACUUUGCUUCUAAUGGUUUUAUAUCAGGUAUCUCUGCCCUUCUUCUGCCUUCAGACCUUCAGUCUGCCUUUUAAUUUUAUUCUCCCUUUCCUUGAGUCAUCUUAUUUUUGUACCCUCCAUUAGUCUUUCGUUGUCAGAGGGUAGAGUUUCUGCAAAUGCAUGCAGUAUUUCAGACAAGUCCUUACUAGAGCUCUGUGAAAGUGUAGCCACCUUGCAUCUUCUAAAGCUGGCUUACAGUUACAUAUCUAAGAAUCAAACCAUUUGUUCUCACCUCAACCCUCCCACUCAGGCUGGAACAAUUUACAGUUGACAUAGUGAUUGUCACGUCUUUGUUUUCUUUCACCUUUCUCAGCAUCUGCCCACAGAUUUUAUAGGCCCUCUCAACAGAAAAGAUACUAGGAUAGAAGUACAUGUUGUCCUGCUAGUUGUGAGAGUGGUGCACAAAACUCUUCCUCUUAUCACGACUCUAUACAGUUGUAUACCUACCUCUCCAGUUUGCCUCAAACACUAAUUUCCCCUUAAGUUUAGUAAAUGAGCUUUCUGUGCAGAAUGAACCUGAAAGUCUUGAUGGAGCAAAGCAGACUGCAUUAACAUGUUGCCCCAGGCUAUCUGAGCUCUGAGCCAGUCAUAAUACUGCAUCCGAUUUGCUGGGUAAGACCUGGGCUGUAUGAUAUCAUGUAGGUUUUGAUGCAGUGGGCAGAGGUGCCGAAAGCUGUUGAAGGCUGGGGGGGGGGGUGAGAGGGGCACUUAGUGAUCUACAAAGGGCAUUUUUUUUUAAAUAUUUACUCCCUCAACAUAGGUUUACUUUGGAGGACAUUUUAAGCUUAGCCAAUUUCCCUUUUGGUGCUUGAAUUAACAUUUCUUGAUUGUUCUUCCCCAUCCCAUGGCUGAUAAUUGUAUAUUAGUCCCAGUGAGAAUAAUUGUGAUCAUACCAUAGAUAAUUGGAGGGGGACCUAUGUAAGAGAUGCAGUAUUUAAGAACUGCCUCUAUCCAUUACUGGCACAAGGAGCAAUCCUGUGGUGCAUUCUGUUUAGAUACCUGGACUGAGUAUUUCUGAUGCCAUUUGACUUCUGAUGUUCAAUAGGUCCAUCAGUAUUGGGU